GAAAAGCAGCAUGAUAACAGCUGUGCAUUAACAUAAAGGAGAGCUAGCAGAAGUGUCUAGACAGUUACUGCGUAUGAGCUAUUAAAACAAAUUAAAUCUAUGUGGUGGGCGAAGACAGAGGCAGUUUGACUCACGUAAUGUUGUGAGCGGACUAAAAGACGUUUUGUUUGAACUGCUUUUAAACGGCUUUGUAUUUAGCUGUUAGCUACGUAGCCUGACAGUCAUCUAGCUAGCUGGACGUGUAGUAGGUUUCGCUUGCUAGCUCUCAUUGUUUUUUGGUUUUUUUUCUGUGUAAAAGUGGCCGAUUCUUUUAUUACACAUGAGUGUGUCUAUGGUAGUAAUCCGUCUGGAAAUAGCCGACCAGUCUCCUUCUCCUCAAGGUUUCCAGUACUCAGCUGAGGGCAUGUCAGAGAAGGAGCUGCAGGAGAAAGCUUUGGGUGUUGCCAAACACACUCUGAGUGGAAAGACGGAUCUGGAAAGAGCAGCUGUACUGCACCAGCACAUUGGCAGCAGAGCCAUGGGGGACAUGGUUAUAGAAACAUUUGAACCCAGUCCAGAUAAAGGAGGUGGAGAAGACUCCGGCGCUGCAGCAGAACAGGACAGUGAAGCUAAGGCUGCGCAUGCUGAAGCAGAGAGUCCGGAGGGUUCUGAUGGUUCACAGGACAACAGUAAGGUGGCGGGAGCUACUCCUGACUCCCCCUCCAAACAGCUCCCGGACCAGAUCUCCUUCUUCAGCGGGAACCCGUCAGUGGAGAUCGUCCACGGUAUAAUGCACCUCUACAAGACCAACAAAAUGACAUCACUGAGAGAGGAUGUGAGACGCAGCGCGAUGGUGUGCAUCCUGACUGUCCCUGCCACCAUGACCAGCCAUGACCUCAUGAAGCUUUUGGCUCCUUUUAAUGAUGUCAUGGAGCAUAUGAAGAUCAUACGGGACUCUACCCCUAACCAGUACAUGGUUCUGAUUAAGUUCUGUACACAGGCCGAUGCCGACAGUUUUUACACAGCCUGUAAUGGCCGACAGUUCAACUCUAUAGAGGACGCAGUGUGCCAACUGGUCUACGUGGAGCGGGCAGAUGUUAUAAAGUCUGAACAGGGAGCCAGUCUGCCAGUGAUGGAGCUGACCGAGCUGCCAAAGUGCACCGUGUGCCUGGAGAGAAUGGACGAGUCGGUCAACGGCAUCCUCACCACGCUCUGCAACCACAGCUUUCACAGCCAGUGUCUCCAGCGGUGGGAAGACGCCUCGUGUCCUGUGUGUAGGUACUGUCAAACACCAGAACCAGUGGAAGAGAACAAGUGCUUUGAGUGCGGAGUGCAGGAGAACCUGUGGAUUUGUCUGAUCUGCGGGCACAUUGGCUGCGGUCGCUACGUCAGCCGGCAUGCUUACAAGCACUUUGAGGAAACGCAGCAUACCUACGCUAUGCAGCUCACCAACCACCGCGUCUGGGACUACGCAGGAGAUAACUACGUGCAUCGACUGGUGGCCAGUAAGACCGACGGCAAGAUGGUGCAGUACGAGUGUGAGGGGGACACCUGCCACGCUGAGAAGAUUGAUGCACUUCAGCUAGAGUACUCAUACCUGCUGACGAGUCAACUGGAGUCUCAGAGGAUUUACUGGGAGAACAAGAUCGUUCAUCUGGAGAAGGAGACAGCAGAGGAGAUAAACAACAUGAAGGCUAAAUUUAAGGAGACCCUGGAGCGCUGUGAUAACCUAGAGAGACGCUUUGGAGAAAUGGGUAAAGAGAAGCAGAGCAUCGAGAAAAAGUGCACUCAGCUGAGCACUCGGGUGUUGAAGCUGAGCCAGGAGCUGAAGGAGGAGCAGGAGAUGAACCGCUGCCUGAGAGCCAAUCAGACGGAGCUGCAGGCCCAGCUGGCUGAGGAGGAGCACAAAGCCAAAGAGAGCGUUGAAUGUAAGGACGUGGCGAUAUCGGAGCUGCAGGAGCAGCUGAGGGACGUGAUGUUUUAUCUGGAGGCGCAGCAACAGAUCGAGCACCUUCCUCCGGAUGCUCGCAGCGAGAUCCAGGAGGGACAGAUCAACAUCGGGGCCGGCCCGUCAGACAGCCCUGGAGCGGGGCCCUCCUCAAGCAGGGGCAAGAGGGGCCGGGGCAGGAAGAGGAAGUAGGCGGCAGUUCAAAUCUACUGGAACAUGCUAGAAUAUAUCGCUGCCUCUCAGAGUGGACACAUAGCUGAGCUUUGUCCUUUUGUUUACGUGUGUCUCCUGCUUCAUUGUGGUUCCCUAAAAGUGCUCUGAGGAGAAAUGACUCUGUAGACUCCAGGAAGAAAGAUAUAAUAUUCCUAUUUACCUGCACAACUCCCCACCUAAACUCAAGGUAGCUUCCACAGAAAGAAAAGUGGAAUGUGCGGGCGGAUGACACGGUCAUUAAAGAGUGCUGCGUGGUUUCCAAAUAUAUUAAACAUCUGUGAGAUGCAAAUAUAUUCUGCUAUACCCAAAUCUAAAGAGAGCUAUUUUGGUCAUAGGAUCAUGUUCAUUUGUUCCCAGUUUAAUUCCCUGUUUCAAAGACGGCUUUAUAUAUUUUUUGCUUUCUUUCACAACUGAGAAUGUUGAAGCUGAUGGAUGAAUGUUUGCUUUGUGUUUAAACAAAAAUGAUCUUUUCCUAAAUUCCUAUGCCUUUCUUGUCCAUUCGGUCAAAUGCACAAAAAUGUAGUCAUCAAAAUGAUUUCUUAAAAGCUUCCAAAGCUAACACUGAACACUACUCAGGAUGACGCAGGUAACCAGGAGAAAUGUGGACCCGUGGCCCUUUCUGAUCCAUCACGUGGAUCGGUGCUGGAAAGUCCAGGGACAGCAGCCAGGGCGUUCCCGCUAACAGGAAGCUUUGGAAAGAGCAGGAAGCAUGUUUCCCCUCUUUCAAUGUAGGUCAGUGAUUCCUAAACGGGUGUAUGUUAUCUUACCAGUUAAUUCCUGCUUAAUGAAGUCAUUUGAUUACGUCAGGCAAACGCUUAGAAAAUAAUCUCCAGAUAAAUCAAUAUGGAGCCAUUCUUUGCCGCCGUAGUUAUAAAUGGUAAUGUCAUUAGGAUUUAAAAAGUCAAAUCUAGCUUUAAAUGCUCUUUACCGAUAAUGCAUAGGAAACAACAAUCCAUUCAUGUAAAAUGACAUGCAGAAGUGGCAUGAACACCUUGCUUUUGAUAUUUCUUUGAAGGAAGUUAUUUUGCUGCAAUACUUUCAAACUCAAGUAAGAUUUUAAUGACUUCUGUUAGAGUUGAACACCCUUAUAUUUCCACUUUCGCUUAUGUUAAGGACAGAAAAAUUCUCCCUGCACAUGUGAGCUUUAGGUUUGGAUACUGCAGACCUAUGCUUGUGUGAGCCUGUACAUCUGUUCUGUAUACAAAGCACCGAUCACAAGUUAUUUUGAAAACAUUGCAGUGAUCGAUAUGACCUUAAAGAUACGACCCUGAGCGAGAUGUCAGUGGAUAGGAGAAGCAACAAGUGGCUGCUUUCCCCCCUUUGAAGUAUUUGUGCUUUUUCGUGUUACACUACUUAGAUUUAAAAUUCAACCUUGCAGAUUAUUCAUGUAAAAGCUUUAGAUUGACCCUAAAGGCCUUAAUUCUGAACUUCAGUGUAGAAAGGAGAUGCUUUUAACUAACGUCUGGCUAAUAAGGUUGUUUAAACUCAGCCGGUAGAAAAACAAUAUAAUUUUGCCUGAAAACCUUGUAUAAAAUUAAUUCAAUAUUCUGAAAAAUACACUUAUUAGCUUUGAGGACAUGAGGAAAUUGACACCAUGAAUAAAAACUCUUAAUUUAUUUUUGUCAAAAAAGAAAGUAUUUCUGAAGAGGCUGAUUUUGUUGAAUAAUUUUAAGAGCGUGGUGUAUCUGAUGUGCCAGAGAGCAACUGACACUUUAUAUGUAGGUUUGUUUUGAGAAAGAGGUGAUCAGUUUGUUAGUAUGUGCACAUGCUACACUAAAAUAAACCCUAACAGAACGGCUCAAUUUCCGUUCAUAAGGAAAUAUUUUCCAAAAUAUGUUUUUCUCUCAUGUUGACUCUGAAAUCGUCUCCAAAGUUCAAUAAAUUGUUUUCUAAAGUC